AUGACAAAAAUAACAAUACUCCCUAUCACCGUGUUCUUGCUUUUGGUGCUGACUCUCUUUGUUGCCAAAUCGACAAAUGCAUCGGCUGUCGAUUGUGAUCUGUGUCAGUUGUCGAUCGAUGAGCUAUCAGAGAUGGCACAAACCGAUAACCUGACCUACAGUGAUAUCUACAAUGCUAUCGAUCGUAUUUGCCGUUCCAUUCCAUCGUACUCCUAUGAGUGCUCUGCCAUUUUGAAUAGCUCUGGUGACUCUGUCAUCCAUCAGAUUCUCAACGGUACAAGUUCCAACGUAAUUUGUCGUGAGCUAAUGUGUUACAAACAAAUAGAUAUUGUAAUGAAUGAAAUUAAAUCAAUUUUAGUUCAAUAA